UGUGCAGUAUAAAUAUAAGAACUGUCCGGAAAACUUCUUUUUUAACAACUUCGUUAGAUUUGAAACACUUAUCAAUAAGCUUCCGUAACGGAUCCUUCCUUCAUCGACAUCGGGAAGAAAACAACUUAAUUGUGAGGACCUCCAAAGGAUAAAACUAAAGGCGAGAAUGUUGAACGUAAGCUUUUCCCUUUUCAUCGGAUUGUUUGUUUGGUCGGCAACUACACUAGUUCACACAACAGCAAACAUCAAUCCCAAUGACACUGUCUCAGACUCAGAAAUUGAGUGCUACCAAUGUGAAGGAACUCUGGGAGAUGCAAAUAAUAAUUGUGGGGAUACAUUAUAUCAUGAUGACAUCAUUAACACAACAACUUGUACCAACCAGACCGUUUGUGCUAAAGUAAUAAUCUACAUGAUUGAACAGAAGAUAACUAUCGUCAGAGGUUGCGCCCCUCAAUGUCAAGAUGGAUGUGUUAAAGAUGAACAGCUAGCUAGCCAUUGUUAUUAUUGUUGCCAAGAUUAUUUGUGUAACAAUGCAGUAACCAUCACCCGUAACUAUGUAAAAUGGUUCACUGUUUUCAUGACAAUUCUUCAAGUUCAAGCUUGUAGAUUCUUAAAUUGAGAAUAAAAUGUGAAGCCAUGCAUCUUAUUUUGCAUUUCUUGUAUUGGUAAAAUGGCAAUUUAAGUGAAGACAACCAAAACAUUAGCCAUGAUAUCUAUGUGUUCAUGUGAUGUUUUAAGUAUUCUAUAUGUUGAGAAAGACUUGCCUAAAUGACCCCAAUUAAGUGACUUUUGAAUUUUGUUUCUUAUUCUUAUCUAUUUGAUGAGCAAAUUAACCAAGUUUUGAGAUUUGGCAGGAAGUGUCUGUUUUUGUUUUUAUGAGAACUGACAGGACGGAGUGUCACUUCAUAACUUUUUUUGGCAAGUGGAAGCAGUUCCCACCUUGUUUUCAUGAAAACUUGUUACUA